AUGGAGCCUUCGCUAACGAAUGAGGAAUCUGUCCGUCAGAUCCAUUCUAGCUCCGAUGACAAUGUCAUGGGGAAUACUUACGGUCAAAAUCACAAUCAAAAUAUGGGAUCGGGUACAGCAUAUUUUGGUUCAGUUACACAACAUUACUAUCCUGGACUGGAAAAGUCAGGUCUUUCGCCAGAUUGUUUGGAAUCACUGGUUUUCCCGGAAAUGGACAGCCGGUCCACCCAAAUUCAAACCGCUGCAGCGGGAACGUGCGAGUGGUUACUUCGACAUAAGGCGUACGGUAGCUGGGCCUCUAAUAAUCGAAAUCCGCUCUGUAUCAAAGGGAAGCCUGGCUCUGGGAAGUCAACUUUGAUACGCUAUGCUCGCAGCCGUACCGAGGGGUUACCGAGGUCUGGAGAUGAACCGCUCGUUCUCUCGUUCUUCUUUCACGGUCGUGGCACUGAACUCCAAAAGACACCUUCAGGUCUCUUCCGAUCCCUCCUUUGCCAGUUGAAUGAGAAGCUUCCUAAGGCACUGGAUGGAUUCGAAGCUACUUUCAAUAAAAAAACCGCAGCUGCUGAUAAGUACGGCGAAGAGUGGCAGUGGGUUCAAGAGGAGCUGCAGGAAUUAUUCGAAUCAUCGCUUUCGGAAGCCUUGAAGACUUGCCCAGUCUGGUUGUUCGUCGACGCCUUAGACGAAUGUGGUGAAGAUAACGCAGUCGAGCUAGCAAAGAGAUUUAAGUCCUUGAACUGGAAUGUCCGUGACUAUCCGAAACGGCUUCGGAUCUGCUUCACUUGUCGUCACUACCCGAAUCUGGACCUUAUUGACGUUUCUGAGAUACACAUGGAGCACGAAAAUAGCACGGACAUAUCCACUUUCGUGCAAAAAGAGCUCCAUUGGUUUCGCGAGCGAUGGGACUCCACGAUUCCGGAUUUGGUCACAAGUCGCGCCAACGGCGUUUUCUUGUGGGCGGUCCUUGUGGUGAAGAAAGUCCUGGAACUUGUGGAAAAAGGUGUCGGACCAGAGGAUAUUAAGUCUGAGGUCCUUUCAGUCCCCCAAGAGCUUUAUGACCUAUACGGCGAACUCACUCGGAGCAUGAACCAAGACUCCCUCAAACUCAUCCAAUGGAUCUGCUUUGCCAUACGGCCCUUGUCGUUGACCGAGCUGCGAUGGGCUAUGCUCGUCGAGGCUGAUUGCGCACACAAUUCUUUACAGGAGUGCCAGAACGCAGGGAGUUACGAGUCCAAAGAUACAUGGAUGGAUUGGAAAGUUAAGCAGCUGACCUGGGGCCUUACGGAAAUCACACUGGAUACGAAUGUUGUCCAGUUCACCCACCAGUCCGUCAAGGACUUCUUCGUCGAAAAGGGUCUCUUAGCUCCGGGUAGGACUGCCAAACGCGAAUUGGUGGCCGAAAUCGUACACGACCGGCUUUCUAGGAUCUGCAUCCGCUACUUGGGGAUGGAGGAGUUCGGUCAGUUACAAGGUUUGAAUCGUUACGAUAUGAAUGCCAGGUUUCCGCUCCUAGAUUACGCCACGACGUCGUGGUUGGUCCAUAGGAAAAGAAUCUAUGCAGAGGAUCUCACAGAAUCAUUCACGUGGCGCUCGAAUGAUUUUGUCAAGCGAUGGGUGGAUAUCUACAGGAUAUUGCAUAUCGCAGAUAGCCCCGAACGUCCUCCAGAAGGGGCCACUCUGGUCCACGUUCUGUCGAUAUAUGAAAUGGCAGGAGCAUUGCAGGCCAUUUUAACAAGAGCAGGCCAAUAUAGCCUUGGUAUCGACACGAGAGACUCUCGUGGCCUGACUCCGCUUUGUUGGGCUAUCGAACGGAGACAAACGGCAGUAGUAGACAUACUGCUCCAAGAGGGUGCAAAGGCAGAUUAUCAUUACAAAAUCUAUAGAUGGACAGCGUUGACAGCGAUCACAGAGGCAUUAAGAUCAGAUGUGUCAUGGAAUGACGGAGUGAGAUUAACGCGAACGCUGCUACGAGAAACUUUGCGACAACCUUUAUCGACAUUGAAAAUGAUAGGAUCUUCAUAUAAAACAUUUGCGAAGAUUGCAAUGACGACAUUGGGAGAUACAUUGUUGAGAAGAAGAGAAUUUGAAGCGACAUUCGCAGAUGUUGAGAUGUUAGUGGAAGAAUGGAUUCAAAGAUACUGCUUGAAAGGAUCGCCUAGGUGGAGAACUCCUCUGUUGCGGGCUGUGGAAAUGGACGACGCGACGAUUGUUCAGUGUCUUCUCAAACACCGUGCGGACCCAAAUUUCAAGGAUAAAAACCACCGAGCACCGCUGUCGCGGGCUAAAAAAUGGAAAAAGCGGGCGAUUAUAGACCUGCUACUGGAGAACGGUGCGAGGGAGGGCUGA